AUGAGCCCCCCUUCUCCCAAGAAGAAAACCGGCGGCAAUUCUUCUGGCCCGCGACAGAUCCGCUUCGUUGCUACCGAUGGCCAACCCCAAACUAAACGCCGCCGGGUCAACGCUGCAUUCGAUGUUCCGGAGAACAACCAGGUAGGAUACACCGAGGCGCGCUUAACCAUUGUGGACCCCUUCGCUCACGGCUUUGCGACAGUCUGUAAGACUUGCUCCGACUAUAAGCAUGUCUGCCUCGGCUAUACCGAUUCCACUGCCCACCUGCGAUCCCAAUCCGACUCUGCAUCCCGCUCACAAGCCCCUCCUCUGGCUGGCUCCAAAGAAGCCAGUCAGCGCGUCCCCAGGGCGGUGGAGAGCUAUUCCCCAGAGCCCCCACCGCCAUCCGUACCCCAGGUCAAGACCGAUAAAUCCCCGCAAGCGCCGAAACAAUCAGAAAAGGAUGUUUCUUCCAGAGAAACAUCGUUGCGCACGCAUAGAGAGUCGGAUUUACUUGGGGUGGGGGGUAGUCCAGAGAGCGGCCGGACCUCCGUGAGCUCCAGCAACCGCACUCAUGUUCCAUACUUUCGCUAUUUUGGGCCGACUGCCAUUGUACCGGGCUUCAAGCAAAUGGUCGUCCAAGUCCGAGGUUCACGGAAAAGCAAUCCCUCGAUGUCAUCAGAUUCGCUGUCUCCCUUGCGAAGUCCCAAGCUAUCCGAUGCUCCAGUCAAUCUGGAAGCAGCCUUGUUAGUUCCCCGCGACGAUCGCGACGCCAACACGAUCCCAUUUUACGACCGCGAUGACGCUUUACCCGUUUCAAAUCUUGUUUCUCAUUUAUGCGACUUGUUCUUUGCACAUCUUGGCUGUAGCUUUCCAUUUCUGCAACGAGAUCGCUUUUUGCAGGAUCUCAAAGAGAAGAAGAUCGAUACCAUGUUGGUGGAUGCGGUUUGCUCUCUAGCGGCCAGAUUCUCUCCUCACCCUUUACUCGGUCCUCCUCAAGCGCCGCCGAUUGAUCGCUCACAACCCCCGGCCGAUGUCAACCUCUGUGACCGUGGUUUGCCGUUUGCCCAUCGAGCGAUGAACGCCCUCGUGGAUGCACUCGCGUGUCCGACAUUGUCCGCAGUUCAAGCCUGUCUAUUGUUGGCGUAUGAGCAAUUCGGAUCUAACCACGAUAGUGGUCUUUGGAUGUAUCUCGGUAUAUCCAUACGUAUGGCGCAGGACCUUGGCCUGCAAAAAUUGCAAGGUCUCAAGUAUAAUUAUGGCCAGAAAGGUGUUACUCCCAGUGCAGUUAUGACUGGACAGGCUGGAAAACUUCGGGAGGAUCAGUACGAUGAUUUGGACGUCUACCAGAGCCCGAAGACUAUCCCGCCUGUAAUAGGUGCCGAGCGUGCUCGAGAACGUGAGAGGGUGGACUCAUUUUGGAGCAUUUUCUUCCUUGAUCGCGUCAUCUCCUCUGGAACGGGCCGCCCUGUGACACUACGCGACGAAGAUAUUGAGCUGUGCUUCCCGCUUCAAUCCGAAUCUCAGCUGCCCAAUGGAUGGCCCGCUCCAUUUCCACCCUUAAUUCGCAUCAUCCAUCUUUAUGGAAGGGUGACCGAUUUGAUCAACGGGAUUCAGGGUGCCAAUCACGUCACCUCAAAUACACUCAAGAGACUGGCUGGUAUGGAGAGCGACUUGACAGGCAUAUAUCAGCGAUUGUCACCACGGCUACACUUUAAUGCCGCCAACUUUCAGGCAUAUGUGAAGGCCAAGGAAGGAACCAACUUUAUCCUACUGCAUUUCUGGUUCCAUACUCUCAUCGUUCUCCUCCACCAGCCAACGCUCCUCAACUCUUUUGGUGGCACAAUCCAACAUCUCUACCCAAAUAGUCGUGAACUUUCCAUGUCCUCUGCCAAAACGAUCGCCGAUAUCCUCUCGUUCUCAGAGUUGGUCGACGGAAAGAGCUUUAUUGGCAACCCAUUCACCAGUCAGCCGAUGUACAUCGCAGCUUGUGCAUUCUUGAUGGAGAGCGCAUAUUACUCGUCGCCUUCAUCGAGAUCUACUUCACCCGCACCCCAGCCACUGCUGAGCAGCCAAGCCAGUGGGUUUGUGAUGCCGUCUAUGGACUCGUCAAAUGGUACUGAGCGCAACUCCACCGCCAAGCACAUUCUUCUCGCAUCCGCUGCAAAGGAGAAUUAUCAACGCUGCUACAAAGCCCUCAAAGCACUGGAUGCGUAUUGGGAGGGCACAAGGUAUAUCUUGACAGUGCUGGAUCAAAAGGCUAAAGGCAUCGUCGAUCCGCUUCUUUACACGGCCGAGGAUAUGGAAAAUACCGCUGAAUUUCCUCCUAUCCAACCACUCGGCGCUGCUGGAUGGCCUGGAGGCAAAGCUGCGGACCCAGCUCAAGGCCCCGAAAGACCUGUGACUGACGCAGUGCCUGAUCGAGCCUCGUCACCCAAGAUCGAUCCUGGUCAAGCCAUUGGAUGGGCCCUAACUGGAGCCACUAAUUCCUCGCAACCCAACCUAAGCUUGCUUUACCAGAUGCCUUCCACCCAGAAUAUCCCCAUCUCCGGAAAAUCUGCUCACACGUCGCAAUACCACCAUACCUAUCCAGCUAUGCCAGCUCCCACGAGUAUAGCGCAAAGCUCAAGCUCUUCCUUCUCACCGAGUGUCCCACCAAUCCGAUCUCAAGAUGAAAGCAAAGCAUCUUCCUUUGCGCCGAUCAGUUCCAAAUUCUCCCCGGUCCAAUCUCACCUAAUUGGCAGUGAGGCUCCUUACUUCUUGGGAAUGAGCUCUCCAUACCCCGAGUCAAAUACUAGGGCAUCUGCAGCCGCCCACUCGGGCUAUAACCAUAACCUUCCAUCUACCCAGACUCCACAGUACACUUACUCCAUGGCCUCUGCAGCGGAUCAGCAUGCACAUACUGCCCAUAUGGGAUCUAGGCCCGGUGACAUGCAUCCCGGCAUGAUGAUUGAAAGUCAUGAUGUGGACAUGAACACCCUGCAACAGCAAGAGUCAUUUCCUUUUUCCAAUGGCGAGAUCCUCCCGUGGCUGGAAUACCUGCCACAAGAUGUUCUCAGCUUCUUUGGAGAAACCCAAAAUUUCCCCUUGAUGAGUCCCGAUGAUACCAAGCCCCAGCCUCCUCAGUGA